CCGCUCCAAUGUCCGAUCCGAUCCAUUCCUGCGCCCACAUGACCUGACUUUGGGUUUCACCACCGGAAGGGAAGGGGAAAGGAAGGGAAGCGAUCGCACAAGCACAUUCCAAUUCGCAGCGGCGACUAGACGACUGCACAAGCACUGUAGUCUUCGCCAUCAACCGGCUUCAUCCUCCACAGGACUGAGAGGACGAUGGAAUGGACCUGGAGCUGAUUAGUUUACGGUUAGCAGCCGCCUCGCCCUGCCGGGUCGGUCGCCCCAGCCCCCAUUGUUUUCGUCUCGCAAUCGCCAUUGAUUUCCAAUCCACACCAGAGGAGAAGGAGAGGAGCAGUCACUCCGGGUCCUGGCUGCUCGAUUCGCAGCGGCAGGGAGAGCGAGCAUCCGUCUCCUCCGGCUAGCCCAGCCCAGCGGCUCCCGCGCGGCCACCGGCGGCCAUGGCGCCCCUCCCCCUCGUCCUCCUCUGCCUCCUCCUCGUCGUCCCACCUCUCGCCGCCGGGCAGCCGAUGCGCUCUUUCUCCGCCAACGACACGGCCUGGCGCCCCACCGACAGCAACCGCACCCUCGUCUCGCCGGGAGGGGACUUCGCCGCCGGGUUCUUGCCGGCAGCCUCCGCCGCUCCGGGCACCUACCGCUUCGCCGUCUGGGUCGUCGGCGCGAGCUCCUCCGACCGGGCCGUCAUCUGGUACGCCCACGGUCCCAAUAACAGCUCCGCUUACGAGGCCGACGGCGCCUCCGCGCUCGCCGUCGACGCGGCGGGCCGGCUGUCCUGGUCCGACGCCGGGAACGGCACCGUCUGGUCGCUCCAGCCCGCCACCAAUUCCUCCGCGAGCGCGGCGGCGCUGCUGCUCAACGACACGGGGAGCCUGCUCUACGGCGCGGCCAGCUGGUCGAGCUUCGCCGAGCCCACCGACACGCUCAUGCCGGGGCAGGCCAUCCCGGGAGUCAACGGCACCACGACGCUCCGCUCCGCCAACGGCCUCUACACGCUCGUCAGCUCCGCCCAGCUGCAGUUCGGCGGCCUGACGUACGCCAACGUCAGCAGCGGCAGCGCUCUGCUCGACCUCACCGACGACGGCAAGCUCAUCCUCAGCGGCGGGACCCCCCCGCAGCUCAUCGCCUCCGACCAGGGCGCCACCAACCGGGUGCGGUGGCUCACGCUCGACGAAGACGGCAACCUGCGCCUCUACAGCCUGCUACCCAGGACCCGGCGGUGGAGCGUGGUGUGGCAGCUCGUGCAGGAGCUCUGCACCAUCCGGGGCACCUGCGCCGCCGGCAGGAUCUGCGUCCCCGUCGGCGCCGACAGCGUCAGCUGCGUCUGCCCGCCGGGGUACGGCAACGCCACCCUGGAGGGCCCCUGCGCGCCCAAGAGGAACUACAGCGGCAGGGGCACCGACGACAAGUUCGUCCGGAUGGACUUCGUCUCCUUCUCCGGCGACGCGCCCAACACGCCGGCGGACCCUGGCCCCCUGAUGACCAAGCUGCCGCCGCGGAACCUCGCGGACUGCGAGAGGACCUGCCGGCAGAACGCGCGGUGCGUGGCGUUCGGGUACAAGUUCGGCGGCGACCGGACGUGCCUCCAGUACACGGCGCUGAAGGACGGGUACUGGUCCCCGGCGACGGAGAUGUCGACGUACCUCCGGGUGGUGGCGACGGACAACGACAGCAACCCGUUCACGGGGAUGACGGACAUGAUCGAGACGGUGUGCCCCGUGCGGCUGUCGCUGCCGGUGCCGCCGAAGCAGGCGCGGACGACGAUCCGGAACGUGGCGAUCAUCACGGCGCUGUUCGCGGCGGAGCUGCUGGCCGGGGUGGUGUCGUUCUGGGCGUUCCUGCGCAAGUACUCGCAGUACCGGGAGAUGGCGCGCACGCUGGGGCUGGAGUACCUGCCCGCCGGCGGGCCGCGACGGUUCUCGUACGCGGAGCUGAAGGCGGCGACGAGGGACUUCUCCGACGUGGUGGGGCGCGGCGCGUACGGGACGGUGUACCGCGGCGAGCUCCCCGACCGGCGCGCCGUGGCCGUGAAGCAGCUGCACGGCGUGGGCGGCGGCGAGGCGGAGUUCUGGGCGGAGGUGACCAUCAUCGCGCGGAUGCACCACCUCAACCUGGUGCGCAUGUGGGGGUUCUGCGCCGACCGGGAGCAGCGGAUGCUGGUGUACGAGUACGUGCCCAACGGGUCGCUGGACAAGUACCUGUUUGUGGGUGGUGGUGGUGGUGGUACUGGUGGCGGCGGAGAGGACGGGGACUCGUCGCCGGAGCACCAGCACCACCAGAACCAGCCGCCGCUGCUUGACCUCCACACCCGGUACCGCAUCGCCCUGGGCGUGGCCCGCGCCAUCGCGUACCUCCACGAGGAGUGCCUGGAGUGGGUGCUCCACUGCGACAUCAAGCCGGAGAACAUCCUGCUGGAGGACGACUUCUGCCCCAAGGUGUCCGACUUCGGGCUGUCCAAGCUGACGAGCAAGCGCGACAAGGUGACCAUGUCCCGCAUCCGGGGCACCCGCGGGUACAUGGCCCCCGAGUGGGUGAUCCACCGCGAGCCCAUCACGGCCAAGGCCGACGUCUACAGCUUCGGCAUGGUGCUCCUGGAGGUGGUCUCCGGCCGCCGCAACUACGGGUUCCGGCAGGACUCGGUGGGCAGCGAGGACUGGUACUUCCCCAAGUGGGCGUACGAGAAGGUGUACGUGGAGCGGCGCAUCGACGACAUCCUCGACCCGCGCAUCGCCGCCUCCUACGACGACGCCGCCAGCGUUGCCACCGUCGAGCGCAUGGUCAAGACGGCCAUGUGGUGCCUGCAGGACCGCGCCGAGAUGCGCCCGUCCAUGGGGAAGGUGGCCAAGAUGCUCGAGGGAUCCGUCGAGAUCACAGACCCCGUCAAGCCCACAAUCUUCUGCGUGCAGGACGACUAGAUACUACUACUAGUUUGUUACCACUGCAGGAACUGCAGAUCGAGUUCCCCUGAUUCUGCUUGGAAAGUUGGAAGAAAUCAAAAGCUCAUCUUUGUGCCUGGUUUUUCA